GUCAGACAAUCUAAAACUCCUUCUGCUAGACGGCAUUGGCACGAAAACGUCACUUCUGGUAAGAGUAGUAAUCAUGGAAUUAAGCCAACAACCUCAGGGGAAUCGUCUGUCAAGGUUCCCUCCCCGAAUCAAGUAGCCAAUGAUCCCCGGGCACCAUUUAAAUCUAAACCCAUGGUUAAGGAGAAUCCAUACGCCAAACCGUCUACACUUAAAUGUUUUCGAUGCUUCCAGCCCGGUCAUAAAUCGAAUGAAUGCCCGCAGCGACAACAAGUCCACAUAGCUGAAGGAGAUGAAGGAAUAGACCAAGAAGUGGAUGAGGCGAAUCAGGAUUGCGAUUCUGAGGAUGUGCCAGCUGAUGAGGGAGAAGCCCUUGUAUGCGUACUUGAGAGGCUGCUACUAGCACCUCGACAAUCCGCGAAUCUACAACGCCAUUCUAUUUUCAAAACCCGCUGCACUAUAGGUGGCAAGGUGUGUGACCUUUUGAUCGACAAUGGAUGCACGGAGAAUGUGAUUUCAAGGGCUGUCGUUCAAAGUUUGCAGUUAAAAACUGUUAAGAAUGCACAUCCUUAUAAGAUCAGCUGGGUCAAACGGGGAGUUGAGAUUUUGGUCUCCGAAUCAUGUCAAGUGACAUUUUCGAUAGGGAAACAGUAUGUGUGCGAAGUUUUGUGUGAUGUCCUUGAUAUGGAUGUCUGCCAUUUAAUUUUAGGUAGACCAUGGCAAUUCGAUGUUGGCGCCAUCUACGACUGCCGAGCUAAUGUAUAUUCAUUUGUGUGGAAUGGACGACGCCUCCGGCUACUACCCACAGCUAAUGAAACAAAGUCUAAACUCCAACAACCUCAAAAGCAGACAUCGGUACAGAUACUCUCAGGGGCAGGACUUUUACAUUGCUGGAAAGAGCCAGCACCCUUAUACGCUCUGUUAAUGGCUGAACAGAGCCAAAGUUCAAUACCGCACACGUUGCACCCAGACAUCCUGCAUCUUCUGCACCAAUACCGGGAUAUUACUCCUGAUCACCUACCCGAAGAACUGCCACCACUUCGGAAUAUUCAGCAUCAAAUUGAAUUGGUACCCGGUGCAGUUUUGCCAAACAUGCCACAUUACAGACUCAACCCCAAAGAACAACUCAUUUUACAAGAAUUGAUAGAUGAUUUACUAAAGCGCCAAUUUAUACAGACUAGUCUGAGCCCAUGCGCUGUCCCGGCGCUGUUAGUACCUAAAAAGGAUGGAAGCUGGCGAAUGUGUGUCGACAGUCGCUCCAUCAACAAAAUUACAGUCAAAUACCGUUUUCCGGUUCCCCGCAUUGAUGAAUUACUAGACAGGCUUACGGGAUCUACUAUUUUUUCAAAACUGGAUUUGCGUAGUGGAUACCACCAAAUCCGAAUCCGCCCCGGGGAUGAGUGGAAGACUGCGUUUAAAACGCCACAAGGAUUGUAUGAGUGGAAGGUGAUGCCCUUUGGGCUGUGCAACGCACCUUCCACCUUUAUGAGAAUGAUGAAUGAGGUUCUAAAGCCAUAUCUGGGAAAAUUCUGUAUUGUCUAUUUUGACGACAUACUGGUUUACAGUACUAGCAUUAACGACCAUGUGAAGCAUUUGCAGGCGUUGUUUGAUGUACUCAGGCAACACAAAUUGUUCCUCAACCUCCCGAAAUGCGAGAUGGCAGUUCCAAAGGUGCACUUCCUGGGAUUUGUUAUUGAUGCUCACGGUAUUCACAUGGACCCUCAGAAGAUAAGUGCUGUCCGUGACUGGCCGCCCCCUACCUCAUUCUUUGAAGUCAGGAGUUUCCAUGGGAUGGCGAACUUCUACAGAAAAUUCAUUCGAAAUUUUAACCCGAACAUUACGGGUUUGGGUCAACCAAACCCGACCCGCUUGUUCAGUUAUUUCGAUUUCCCGCAAACGACGCUACAGCAAGCGACAGCGCUGCAGCCGGAGCAGCCACAGCGGCAGUUGUGCCGGCGACGCUACAGCAAGCGACGCGCGGACUCGACUCGAUGGCUUGAUGCGACGCGACGUGGGCAGGCGAACCGUGGGGCUGCCGGGGCAACUGGCCGGGGCAGGCGGGCAUACUCGGGUAGGGCUUGUCAGAGCGGGCAAACGGGUUGUCAGGUCAUUCCGGGUCCCAGGAAAGUUUCCUAUGCGUCGGCCAAUACUGAUGAUAUCCGUCAGAUUUUUGUUAACCUUAAUCGUUCUGGUACGUUCUUUAGGUUGGUCGUCGGCUUCCUCUCGCCGGAGAUGAUGAUUCAAAGAUUAAAGUCAGAACCUUCACUGGAAGACUUUGGUAUUCAAACACCAAAGAAAUGCUACCAUGGCAUUGGAAUCAUUCAAGGUGCUAAUGUAGUGGACUUCACUACGAAAAACCCCAUAAUUACACUGCGGACAAAAUCCGCAGAAAACAUAGAUAUUCCGCGGAAAUAUACAUUUCGGCGCACGUCGGGGGAAAAUCCCUACGCCGGGUUUCUGGCCCGUCUGAUAAAUUAUUUCGCGCAGCAAAUUUGCAUCGGAAAUUUCCAGCAGUUUCGAUGUACUACGCGCAAAAAUGGAUCAUUUUUCGACGUUGAAAACGUCUUGAAUCCUGCCGCCAAUCCGCCGUAA